ACCAAAGGGCUGACAGGAACGACCAGUAUGUCCGAGCCAGGCAAACCGAAGCUGACGUACUUCAACGGCCGCGGCCAGGCCGAGAGCGUCCGGCUGAUGCUGGCGGCGGCCGGGAUAGAGUUCGACGAGAUAUACGUUGAAACAAAAGAAGAGCUAGAAAAGCUGCGAGAAAGUGGAGACCUGUUGUUUCUUCAACUGCCUCUGCUGGAGAUUAACGGGGUGAAGUUGGUCCAGGUGGGGGCCAUCGUCCGCCAUGUUGCCAGACGCGCUGCUCUUUAUGGCAAGAACAACGUGGAGUCCGCCAAGUGUGACAUGUUGGCCGAGGGCGCGCGAGACUUUAACGAGAUCUUUAACGCCCUGCCCUUCGCACCAGACCGCUCGGCAGCCGAGGAUGAGAUCCAGGACAACGUGCUGCCCAGAUGGCUGCCUAUAUUCGAGCAGGCACUAGAAGACAACGGAACGGGUUUCCUGGUCGGCACGGGCAUGACGUUUGCUGAUGUAGCCUUGUUGGAACCGCUUCUCACCAUCUCGGAGUUGUAUCCCUACGCGCUGGAGGACUAUUCCAAGUUGGAGGACUUUCUAAGCUACAUGCGGGAAGUUCCCAACCUGGCCAAAUAUCUGAACUCCAGUCACCGCAAGCCGCCUGCAGACGACAAAUAUGUGGAACUAGUGCAGGGCAUCCUUUCGUAAGAGCCGACAGAACGCCUGUUUGUAGUGGGACGAAUUUCUAUCCAAAUUUCACGUUAGUCCGUUUCGUAUGAUGAGUCCUAUAUUAUAUAGUUUGCUAUCCAGUCAAAAAAGGACUUGUGGUCAGUCAAUUCGUGAAGUAUUGUGUUCCGAUUGUGAAUUCAGUGUAGGUACUUUGAAUUAGAGCCAAACGUGUUAAACACAGGAACUAUCUUGCUGCCUUUGCCAUGACUUAAUUUUGUUGUAAAAAAAACUCGCUUAUGUUGUUUGUUAUCAAUUGUUGGUGUGUUAAUAUUCUAAUGUAUAGAACACAGAAAACUGUUUAGUUUCAUCGUUUUAAAUAUCUGAAAAGAAUGGAAUAUCUGAAAAGAUGGCGACGGGACCAGAAUGUUUAAACAAAAAGAUAUACCCCGCUUACGGACCAUACAAGAUAAAGCACUUACUGGGACGAGAGACACCCGGGCCUCACGAGCAACAUUUUAGCAGUUCUGACUAAAUUAAUACAUAUCGUAAUCUGUUUCUGGGUGGAUGUCCAUCUGUAUUGAAAGCGUUUAAAAACUUCUUAGCCUUAUGAAAGAUUCUUAGAUAGUUAUAUUUUGUCCAGUGUAUGUAAAUGUUGCUCUGUGCCUAGCCUAAAAUUAAAGUAUUCAAGUGUCAUU